AUGAGUGAACAAACCGAUACCGAACACUACAUUGUGCAGGAAAACGAAUCACUAUCAUCCAUUGCUACCAAGCUUGACAUUACGCUCUUAAAUAUCAAAACUUUAAAUCCAAAUGUUAAAGUGGCUAUUCCAGGAAUGAUAUUAAAUGUCAAACCAAUCAAAGAAUUACCACACCUACAUCCAAUUGAUUCACAAAUUUUCUCGAGGGCUCCUCCUAUUGACGGAGAUCUUUAUUUAGAUGAAACACAGAUCAGAUUUCAGCCAAGAGGAAAGCGUGAAAAACCCAUUUUGAUUGAUUUGAUUGGUUAUGUUGAUGCAACUAUCACUCCUCACCCUUGCGAUUUUUACGAUGAUGUCGAUGAAGUCUUACCUGAUGAUUUUUUGGCAUUGUUGCAUGUCAAUUAUCUUUCAAUACCAAGUGAUCCAACGUCUAUGGAGAUCAUUGAGUUCGCAGGGCUUCACGAAGAACUUAGAGAUUUCAAAACUGUUUUACAACAACGAUCCACGGCUAUCCAAGUAAAGAGCCAUUAUACUAGACCAUUGAUGUCAACGUACAUCAAGCCUGUUGAAGAAACAAAGCGCAGAGUCUCAGAUUUCUGUUUGGAAUUCGAAGGAUUGCCAGAUCCAAGCAAAAUCAUGACUCCUACCGAAAUGGGCCAACUUAACAAUAGUUUACCUAAAAGAUUACGUAAAUUGGAGUGGCAUUUAGUUUAUCGACUUUCUGACGACGGAAGUUCAUACAACGAGUUCAUGACAAAGACAAGAGGAUUAGACCAAUGCGUACUCGUCAUGAAAACAGACGGUGACAGCAUUAUUGGCUGUUAUUCAUCUGCUGGUUUUGAUCCGAAAAAGGCUUACGCUGCAAAUGGCGAAACUUACGUUUUUAGCUUCUUCCCAUCGUUUGUGGCCUACAGAUGGUCGAAGACAGUCAAUUAUUUCGUAAAUGUAGAUAAAACGAACUUAUCAAUCGGCGGAGGCGGCAGCGCUGCCAUUUGGCUUGACGACAGAAUGUUACAUGGCUUCUCCGAGAAGUGUGAUGCCUUCAACAACCCUCCUCUCGCUUCUGAUGUCGAUAUCAAAUGCAUGAAUUUGGAAGUUUGGCACAUAUCAUAUAAAUAA